GAUGUUAUUUUGACAUAACGCAACUGACAUAUUGCGUUCGUCUAAUUAUCGUUUUCAUUCACUGAAAAUGAAAUCAAAAUAAAUUUUCUUCGAAAUAAAAUAGUAUUCUUUCAAUAAUGUAAAUAUUUUGAACAGAAUAAUUAAAUACUUUUAAGUCGAAAAUUGUGAAUGCAAUUGAUUUCAUUCAUCUUUCAUCUCUUGUUAUUAUUAUAAGCGGAAUACAAUGGAUAACUCAGCUCAUGACUCUGCUAUACAAACAUUGGAGGCUGCUGCACAAAUGCUUAUGGCCCCUCCAAAUUUAGUGACCUCUGAACAAAGACACCACGCUGAGAGCGUGUUUUUGGAAUUUAGAAGUACCAAAAAUCCCUAUCAGCUAUGCCGUGACAUUUUAGAGAAAUCUUCAUCAGACCAAGUGUGCUUUGAAGCAGCUGGAUUAAUAAAAGCAGCACUGAUCAGAGAGUGGAGUUUAUUGUCGGAAAAUGAUAUAUCUUCAUUAAGAGAAUAUUUACUAAAUUAUUUACUUAGGAAAGAUACUCCUGCAUUUGUAAGAGAGAAACUUCUACAGACAAUUGCCAUAAUAAUCAAAAGAGGAAGUAUUGAUGAUGGGGGAAGAGAAAGGAAAACUCUCCUUGGGGAAUUGGAAAAAAUUAUUCUAAGUUCACCAAUAAGUCAGCAGAAAUUAGCAUGUUCUCUAAUUUUAGCAAUUAUGCAAGAAUAUGCUAUUACUGUCAAAUCAGCUGAUGUUGGAUUGAUAUGGGAAGUCCACUUUCGACUGAAGAGGUCUUUUGAAGCUUUGGAUUUAAAGAGAAUAUUUAGAUUUACUGUAGGUGUUUUAGAACAGAUAGUUCGUUCUGGUCAUCGCCCUGAAGGAGAACAAGCAAUGUUAACUAAGCAGCUGUUAACUAUUGUAGAAACAGUGUUGUGCUGGAGCCAUGUAUCCCCUUUGCUCUCAAAACGACUGAUAGGGGCCUUUGAAGCCAUUUAUGAAAGUGAUACAGCGCCAGCUUUGCGUUUAAGUUUAAAUUGGAGAGAUACAAUAAUGCAGCCUGAACUUUUAGCCCUGUUCUUUGAGAUUCACACAUAUGUUAGAUCUAAUCCAGAUUUAGCUAGUCCAUCAUUGACUUGCCUUGUACAGUUGGCUAGUUUGAGCGGGGUUGUUGUUUCCGCUAGUAACCUGAAACAACAAUACUUAGAGAAUUAUGUGAAUAGUUUCUUGAAUAUGAUGGCAUAUAUACAACCAGUUGAAAGGGAGAUGCUUGGUAUAUCAGAUAUUUACAGAAGAUUAGUUCAGUUUUUCUCCCCACCUAUGAUUGCAGCAACACCUUCAGCUUUUCUUCAGAAUCUUACUACUUUAACCUGUCUUUGCAUCAGGGGAUCGGUUAUGGAAGAAGCUGUAAAUGAUGACACAGUUUGGAGAGAGUCUUUGAAUAAGUUUUUACAUAGCUGGAGUUCUAUUGUUCAUGACACAGAUGGCUAUUCCGCAGAGACAUUGCAGAAUCCUUGUAUUGAAAUAUUUAAUACUUACUUACAAUGUAGACUAGCACCUCCUGAUGGUACUAGAGGUGCAGAAAAUCCUGAAGAAGACAUCAAAGACGAAUUAGAAGAAGAUGAACGAAAACUACAUAGUAACAUACUGUUAACAAUUGGAGCUAUUGCCAGGAAAGCACCAGCACAUUGCUGUCAUCUCUUACUAACACUGCUUCAAGAUAGAAGCAAGAGACUCGAGUCUCAAUUACAAUUGAUGCAUAUGGGCAAACUGCCGGUAAGCAGUGGAGGAGAACUAAUCAACUUGUUUGAAGAUCUACAUUGGAUCUUGAUGAUAACUGGUCAUUUUCUAGCAUUGGAUUGUACAGAAGGUGAAACUAUAAUGAUACCAGCUGAGAUUAUUUCAUUUAGCAUGAGACAGAACGCGCAAAUCGACGCUUCGCUCAGAUACUUAGUCGGCGAGAGUACCAAUACUGAAAACGUUGAUCCUAUAAUCAAAUUGAUUGCAGAAAUUCUACGCAUAAGUGCGUGGGAAUGUGCGGCAUUGGAGGCUGGUCUCGGAACCGUAUUCAGUCCAGAACUUUCUGCCACUAUAUCAUGGCUUUUGAAAAUUUGGGCGAAUUCAUACUUAAUGGACCAGUCCUCUGUGUAUUCUGAGAUGUCAACGGUACUGGAAUGCGCGUUUGGUGCGGGCUCGCGUGGGGCCGCGUGGGCGGUGUCUCGGCUGGCCGGUAGAGCGGCCGCAUGCUUGAGAUAUCUGCCUGGACAGCCAGCCGCCGCCGAUCAUGCUGCGCGUCUACUUGCUACGCUUGCGCAUCACCAUCACAAAAAAAACCCGUUAGCAAGUUGUGAAGAAUUCCUGGCGCUGGUAGCUUGGGAAGCAUCUGGAAGCAACCUGCCAGGAGAACUGAGGAAAGAACUCCAUAGGUCGUUUGCUGUAGCCGCUACUUACGCAGAAGGUGAAGUCAGAAAUCGUCUUUUAGCAAGUACUGUAGCAUUGCAAGAGAAGCUAAAUAACAUAAUCAAUAUGCAAUCCGAUACAGAGCCAGUGCGGAAUAUGUUGGCUGAUACUUUGGACUGUUUUAUUGGAAUUACGGAAGGUGUCCAUGAGGUUGGAGAACUGGACGAACAAUUCUUGAUGUUAAUUGGUGCCUUAGAUAAAAUACCCGGAAUCAUAUUUAGAUACCAUAACUACCCAGGCGUAGUGUUGCCAGCGUUGAAUUUGCUCUCUAAAAGCGCGAAGCGGAUGCUACAUUCAGUACAAGCACAAAACGUCAAUAAAUUUCUAGAAAUAUGCAAUACAACUUUUGAAGUGUACAUAAGAUGGAAUUCAGGCAAGAUCUCUGGCGUGCCACAAGACGCCGAGGAAGAAGCGUAUGAGGAUAUCUGUGCUUUGAUGGAACUGAUCUGCUGUAUAGCGCGCAGUGGUUCCGAGCGAGGCGUAGGAGACACGUGUGCACGGGGACUUCGUAUCUUGUUACCUUUAAUAACUCCUCCGCUGCUUGCGUUGCCUACAUUGGCACUCCAUGCCUAUAGAAUGUUACGAGAUUUAGAUUCUGCAGAUCAGAUCACAAAUUUACCUAUCGAAGACUUCAAUAUGGUUGUAACAGCAUUACGAGUCGGUCUUACAGCCGUAUCGUGCGACGUGUCAACCCUAUGCUGCGACACUAUUGUAGGACUAUCAAAUAAAGCCCGACAAUUAGGCGAGGAUAAUCCAUAUUCUCUAUCAUUGUUAACCCUCGCUGAGCUAUUGCUAAUGCUGAUUAUUAAAAUGGAAAUACCACCAGAUUCGAUACCGGCCGCUGGUGCAGCGAUAUACGCAUUGACAUGUGUAAAACCGGCCUUACUAGAAGGACUGGCGAGACAGCUGAUCGAAGCGUUCGCGGCCAACGAUCCCGCCAACGUACCUAGAUUAGAGGAAGCGUUCGGUGUACUCACGAAUGGUGUACUUUUCGACGGUCUCAGGCCUCAUAAAAUAAGAUUUCAGGACAAUUUCGACAAGUUUUUAGCUAGUGUCCAUGGCUUUUUAAUUGUAAAGUAAAUAUAUUCAUAUUUCUAUGGCACUGGGACUGUCUUAUGAUUGUCGGAUCUGAAAAGCUUUUAACCAAAUAGCGAUUGCAGUGGUGGUAUUAAUAAAAAAAUUUGAAUAACGUUUUGCGUCGUCUUCUGUCUCGCUUUCGCCACAAUAAUUGUGUAACUGAGAAUUUAUUUUAUAACAUCAUCAUAAUUGGUAGCUAUAGUUUAUUAUAAUAAGCCAUUAACUUUCAAGUAUGUCUUCUUUAAGGUCGAAUUUAUUGAUAUCAAUUUUGCAUUCACAGUGCAAUCUCUAUUUGAUUAAAAGCUUCUUGCAUGGAUCACACCAAAAAUUUAUUUGAAAGACUGACGAUGAAGAAUGAAGGAGCUUGCUGACGUUUUGGAAAUUAUAAUCAAUUAGUGAGUAUUAUUAAUUUUAAUAUUAUGAACUCUUAAUAUUAUGUCUGUAUAAGAGAUUUAGUUGAGAUGCGUGUCCGCGCGGCAGGACAUUUGCUUCGAGAUGUAUGGUUAGGGACAAAUUCUAUUGCUCUCUAAAACAGCUUUUGUUAAUGACUAAAAAUACUAAUGUAUAGUCAAUGAUAUGAACAUAUUACAAUUCGAUUACCUUCUAAAGAAAAUCAAUGUGUUUAUUCAAUUGUUGACUACAGAAUCUACUGUUAUGUAUAAGAACUGAACUGCUCAUGGAAGCUAUAAAUAAUGUCUUUAUAAUUGUUAAGAAUUAAAAAUGUACUUAGAUAUUUUGGAAUGGUCAGGAGAUUGAUGGGUGCUUUUACAUGGGCAAUUUAAAUUACGAAAUCAUGAUAUCAUGUAUGAAAUUGUUACUAGAAAUUGUUUGUUUGUACUACUUUAUUGUACAAUAAAUAAAAAAAAAAAGACUCAAUUCACUUAUACGAUAAAUGCGUACAAUAGCGGACUUAUCCCAAAAGAAGGAUUUUAUCCAGUCAACCUUUACGUGACUGAGAAUUGUGGAGUAGUGGAAAUAAUUGACUUGGAGAUCGGUUGAUAGCUGUUGGCUAGUUACUCCCAUGUAAGCGCACCUUUGUACAGUCGUCUUAUAAGUCCUUUUACAGGCUAUUAAUACUAAAAAUGCUAGAAUUGUAAGUCGCGUUUAAUGUAUGUAAUGAGUGAUAUACCAUUUAAUUGUUGUGGCUUACACAAAGGCCUAAUGUUAACAGGGUGCUUCACUCCAUUGUAAUCACUAGAUAUCCUUAUCUUCCUUCAAAAAAAAUAAUAUGCAGUUUUUAGUCUGCUAUUAUAAAAUGAAAUACUCCAAUAUUUUUUGUUGUGCGAUCUAUGGUUGCUGUUAAAGCGUAUCAUGCAGAUCAUCGUAGUUAUUCCAAAAUUUAAUUUUCCAGAACAUAUGUAUAUUCCAAAAUUAAAAUAACAUGCGGUCGCCAAACAUGACACCGUUGUAUAGAUAUUUUCCGGUUUUAUUAUGAUAAUUUUUGUUCUAAAACUGUAUGUGCACUUUUGAAACUUACAUAAACAUAUUUAUAUUUGUAUGUGUGUUCUUGUAUCCACUUCCAUUUUAUAAGGAUUGCAGUGGUUUUCACAUAACCAACGUAUAUACUAUCUACAUACUAAUGAAUAUUUCAUUUAGUUGUAAAUUGCAAAUAUCUUAUGUUAACAACGAAAGAAUGAACAGGCAUACUGUUUUUACGGUUGUGAAUGUAUGAAGUGAAGAAUCGGCAGAUUUACUGUGGUAUUACAUUUUCUAGAUUAGGUAAUGUAAAGUACAUUGAGUACACAGCUAGUUAGAAAAAUUGUGAUUUCAUACUAGUUGUAUGUAAAUUUAUUUAGUUCUCAAAUUAUAUUAGGAGAGUGCAUAAUUAUAUCAAAUUACCUUUACGCCAUGUUAAUGAGUAAUCACUAUUAAUAAGUAAUAUUUAUUGCAGUCUGUAUCUUUUAAAUUAGACUAAAAUUUUGUCUUUUUGUAUUUGUCCUUUCAAAGUUUCACUUCCGCUAUUAGAUUUUUAUGCGCCAUUUUUUCUUAAUCAUCUUUAGAUCUCGAAUAAGUUUAGGCAUAGAUACCGCCUAUAUUGAAUGUUAUAUUUAUUAACAAUAGCAAAUAAUGGAGCACAUAUAGAUAUAGAUAUUUAAUGAGGACUGUCAUUUUCUAUUCCUUUUAAUAUUGAUUUCAAUGGGCGUCUUAGAAUUGUACUUGUGAAGAUAUAGUUCCUGACAUAAAUUAUUUAUAACUAUUUUUACCUAUUUGCUUCUUUUAUGUACAAACGUCUGUGCAUCUUUAGUUGUAAUUUGCCGACCUGGCAAUUGGUUAAAAUCGAAAAUAAGCCUUAAUUCUAUAUUCUUAUAAGUUCAGUUUACAUUUGAUUAUUUUAAUAUACAAUUUUUUAAAUAAACAAUAUUAUGAAUAUAUAAUACUAUUUUAAAUAGAUUAAUGUUUUAAUAAUUGUUUACUUAUGUGACUAUUUUUUUUCUAUAUCAAAUAAUUGACAAAUAUUCAUAAACACUUAUAAUUACAAUCUUUUGAACCUCACAAUAAUAUCAGCAUACUUAAUUACCAGUAAUCUCAUACUUAAUAAUGCAGAACAUAUUUAUUAUACUUUAAUUUGAAUUGUAUACAAUUAACAAUUAUUAAAUUAAUUUAAUACUCGUAAAAAUAUUCAUAUAGAAGUAGGUAAGGACACAUCGUUUGUUUAAACUUUAAUAAGUUACUAUUUUUUACAUAGUUUUUGAAUUAUAUAAAUAAUUGUCAUUACGUAUAUUCUAUGCUUCAGUUUGGAAUUGUUAUUUGGUUCAAAUAUUGUUAUGUAAAUAUAUAUGUGUAUAAUCGUUAAUUCUGCAAUAUUAUUAUUACGGGUGUAAUAACAAAAUAGAAAUUGUGGGUAUUAUCAUGAAAAUGGCAUAUUAUUGUUGUCGAACAAAAAUACAGCAUAUAAUCUGUAUUAAAAUAAAUAUGUACGAACUUGAUACUAUCUUGUAAAAAUAUUAUGGAUGAUAACUCACAUUCAAAGUGAAAUCUAUUUAGCCAGUAAUCUGAAAUAUUGUAAUCUUAGAUUUUUUCGUAAAUACCGUGACUAAGAACAGUACUAGAGGGUAAAAGACUACGACGUGAUUCACAGUGUUUUUCAUUCGUAUUUUACUAAUCCCUAUUUCGAGAUUUUAGCUGAAGUGUCUAUCUGUAAUCUUCUGUAGCAAUAUAAAAUUAAAGUACCCUCUCUUACACUAUGGUUUAUCGGGAAAUAUGCGAAAAACGUUAAGCAUAAAUGGAAUCACUUCACAGAAAUUACAUCAGUUAUGUAAGGUCUCCAUAGAUAAUAUUGAUCCUCCAUAGAUGAUCUGAUUUACAGAGAUGUGAAAUUGACACAAUUUCGUUAAUUGUAAAAUAAUAAAUAAUUAUAGAUUCUUUACUUAUAGUAGUUACAUUUGUAUGAAUGUAAACUAUUUACUUAUCAAACUUUAUUCACAUAAUAAUGUAGUCUAUUGCUAUAAUCUGUAUUCAGUUCACACGUAAUAAAUAAGCAAACACUAUUUUUAUGGUAUCCAAUGAACUUCAAGUUUGCUUAUAAAUGUAUAAGGCUACAAAACAUAAGUAUAUUUCAAUAUAUUAUAUUAUUAUGCAGUUUCUUUUUUUUGUAACGUACAUUGCGCACCAAAUACAUAACUAGUUUAGCUUGAUUUUGAAUAAUAACAAGCUACAAUAGCGAAUAACUCUGUUUCCAUUCUAUCGAGCCAUUGUUAAUAUGUUAUGGUGUACUAGUACACUAUCUAUUAGAAUUUUGAAGUCAUAAAAAAGGUUUUCUUUUAUAAAUUCGCUUAUGGUCCGUCCGCCCGAGUUGAAAUUGUUGCAACAGUUGUUCUCACUUGUAUUGCGUGUAUGUAGGAGUAUUUGUACUAUCAGCAUAAUUUUAUAUUAAGUUAAGAGUUUUGUAACAUAUAUUUUAUUUCGUUAAUGUAUUCUGAAUUCAUGACGAUAUAUCUGCUAAUAUUGUGCAGAGAGAGGGUAAAUUAUGGAAAUGAUGAGCAUGGCGUUUUAACGAAUUUAUGCCAUUGGCUAAUAGGUAAUUGCUGUGUCGUAAUGGUGCAAAGUGCAGCUAGUCUAAUGUGAGAAGAAAACUACUUUUUUCUCAAUUAUUCUUUUGCAGACUGGCUAAAUGUCAGCUUGCCAAAACUUAUAUUAUUUAGGUAGUAAUCUGCUUUUAUUUUGUAUACUGUAAUAACCCUUAAUAAUGUAAUCAAUGCACGCUUUUGUAUAUGUGCUUUCAGUUUUAAGAAAUUUGAAAGUGUUACUUUCGAACCCAUGUCGUGCUGCGUCAAAUGUUAUUUGGUGCGUAUUGUAUAUAUAUUUCGUUAUUCGGUCACUUGUAUAUAAAAACUAACGUUCGUUGACACAUUUUGAAAAUCUAUUACGAUACACUUUUUAUGAGUAGGUAAAUAAAUUAUAUAAUGUCUGUACUUAUCUGAAUAAACUGUACAAAUUUUAUAAGCUACACUGAUGUUUACUUUCAUUCGUUCGCAAUUAUUUUCGCACUGUUGAUAAUGGAAUAUUGCACCCGUACAUUGCUAGCAGUGUGGUCAUCAGUCCACAUUACUAACAAUCUCUUUCCAACUAUUUUUAAGGGGUUUUAGCUAAGGGCUAAUAGGGACAGGAGGAAAGGUCACUUGUUAUCUUCGGCAGAGGGAUGGGAUUAUAUAAAGGUCAGAGUGAACACGACAGUGUCA